GAUGGCUCGGCCCGGGACUUAUCGCGGGGGGAGGGGGAUCGGAUCCUAACGGGAAAGACGGGAAAAUCUCCGGCAUCGCCGCCAAUUUCUCCCGCACGCCGCGGCGCUGCUCCCCCUCCCCUACCCACACACUCCACCACCAUCACCACCACCACCACCACCCGCACGCGCGCCGCAACAACCUCACUACUGCCUAUCCUACCUAUAUGGCACGGGGUGUGGGUCCCUCCGAUUCCCCCGCCACGCCACUCCUCUCCCCUCCCCACGCAACCGCCUUCCUCCGCCGCCGCCGACGCCGACGCCGACGCCGACCCCUUCUCCCAAUCUGCGGAUUCCAGCGGGGGUCCCCCCCCCCUCCCACCGGCGGCGCCCGGUGGUCGUGGUCGUGGGGGAGGGGAGUCAACGAACGAGCCGAGCCGCCCGCUUGCCGGAGCUCUCUAUCUAUCUCUCUAUCUCUAUCUCUAUCCCUCCAGAUUCCCUCCUCCAUCGAAUCUCUGAUAUUUGGAGGGAGCGACUCGACGCAGCAUCGCAUCGUAAGGAAGGUCCCCUCCACUGUCGAUGGAUGUGAGCAGCACCAGCUCGACGAGGAGAACCAGAGAGCCGCGCUCUUCCACUCCUCUGCCCCAUCUUCCUCUUUGGGAGCUGACGGGGAGGAGGAGAGGGAGACUGUGCCGCUGCUGUCCUGCAAGAUGGCCGACGAUAAAUCUGACACUGUCCAGGUCUCCGAGGAUACGGCGCACCAGAUUAGCAUUGAUCCCUGGUAUCAAGUUGGAUUCAUUCUGACAACCGGGGUGAAUAGUGCAUAUGUUCUGGGAUAUUCUGCAUCAAUCAUGGUCCCUUUAGGCUGGAUUGGUGGGACAUGUGGCUUGAUUCUAGCUGCUGCAAUAUCCAUGUAUGCAAAUGCUCUUCUUGCUCACCUUCAUGAAGUUGGUGGCAAACGCCAUAUCAGAUACAGAGAUCUUGCUGGGCACAUAUAUGGUAGAAAAAUGUAUUCGCUUACAUGGGCUCUGCAAUAUGUUAAUCUAUUCAUGAUCAACACUGGCCUUAUCAUUUUAGCUGGUCAAGCCCUGAAGGCAAUAUAUGUAUUAUUUAGGGACGAUGGAGUUCUAAAGCUACCCUACUGCAUAGCAUUAUCUGGGUUUGUCUGUGCUCUUUUUGCCUUUGGAAUCCCUUAUCUGUCUGCUCUCAGGAUUUGGUUGGGAUUAUCAACAGUUUUCAGUCUCAUCUAUAUAAUGAUAGCAUUUGUCAUGUCGCUUAGAGAUGGGAUUACCACACCUGCAAAGGAUUAUACUAUUCCUGGAUCACAUUCAGAUAGAAUCUUCACUACGAUAGGUGCUGUAGCAAACCUUGUGUUCGCUUACAACACUGGAAUGCUCCCAGAAAUUCAAGCAACCAUAAGGCCUCCUGUGGUCAAGAAUAUGGAGAAGGCUCUAUGGUUCCAGUUCACUGUUGGUUCGUUGCCUCUUUAUGCUGUCACCUUUAUGGGGUAUUGGGCGUACGGGUCCUCAACAUCAAGCUAUCUACUGAAUAGUGUGAAGGGACCAAUUUGGAUAAAAACUGUGGCAAAUUUAUCGGCGUUUCUUCAGACUGUCAUAGCAUUACAUAUAUUUGCAAGCCCAAUGUACGAAUUCUUGGACACAAGAUUCGGCAGUGGACAUGGUGGUCCUUUUGCAAUCCACAACAUAAUGUUCAGAGUGGGUGUCAGAGGAGGCUACCUGACCGUCAACACCUUGGUGGCCGCGAUGCUCCCCUUCCUUGGCGACUUCAUGAGCCUGACGGGUGCACUCAGCACCUUUCCCCUGACAUUCGUUCUUGCAAAUCACAUGUACCUCACGGUGAAGCAGAACAAGAUGUCCAUCUUCAGGAAAUGCUGGCACUGGCUGAACGUUGUUGGCUUCAGCUGCUUGUCCGUCGCAGCUGCGGUUGCUGCGGUGAGGCUAAUCACGGUCGACUACAGUACAUACCAUUUGUUUGCUGAUAUGUGAGGCUGGAAAGUGCAAGCAUGCAGCCCUGGAUCAGCUGUAAAUUCGUCCUCUUCUUUUUUAUUUUUUUGGUUAGGGGAUGCAUGUAGGUCGAUAGAAUGAUGGAGAUUGCAAUAAAUAAUUUGGCUAAAAUGUUGUCCAGAUUUGGUUGUUUGAGGUGCAAGAUGUUUGCCUCAAAACGUACCGCUAUGGUUCACUUUUUAAGAACUGUACUGCUACCUCUGUUUGCGGAGAUUUUUGUCUGCAGGCAUGCAGGAUGAAUAUUAUUCAAGUGCUCUAAUAGUUUGAUCUCAGCAA